AUGUCUUAUCCGGGCCAGAGAGGCGCGUACCCGACCGGUCCGUUUCCACCACAAGGUUUCACACCUCACGGACCUAUCAAUACACGGCAGCCUUACUUCCCCGACAGAGCCGGCCAACGACCAGGUGAAGAGUCUGGAGGACCGCCCGGAAGACCGGCGCCUCCUAUUAUCACUGAUAAAGAUUUGAAAGGCUUCGACGAUAUGCUUGAUAGUGGUGUGCAAAAGGGUUGGGCCGCGCAAAACACUGAAGUCGAUUACAACGCAAAGAUCAUGUUUAGUGACGACGAGAACGACGACUCGCAUCCCAACAAAGAGCCCAAUUAUGAUCCGCGAGAAGUGAGACAUUCGGGUGACGGACGACAGAAAGAUCGGGAACGAAGGGAAAGGGACUCCGAUAGAGGCGAAGAACGACCCAAAUCGUACCGAUCGCCGCAACAACAACAACAGUGGCAAAACCAAUCUCAAAAUAUGGCACCGAAUCCACGAAACAGUAAUUACGAUAACCAACCGCAACAACAACAACAUCCACACCACGACUCGCAACAGCCGUAUCCGCGAUCGCAAGACAGGCAUUCGCAGAAUUAUCCGCAUUCGCGUCACAAUAGAUCUGAUCACCCAAUGGCUGACGACGACGAGGUGUGGCGGCAGCGAAGUCAACAGCAGGCCGUGGAAAUGGCUUCGGCUGUCGUGAGAGCGCGACAGAGACGCGAAGAGGAGGAGAAGCGAAUGGAGAGGAGCCGUCUCGCGGCCCUCGAGAAGCUCCGUAUGUUGGAGGAGAAGUCGGGCGAUAAGCCGGACAAUGAGUUCGAUAAGUCUUCGCGUCACAGCAGCGAAAGCGACAAACCCUCUAAUCGCGUACCCAAUACGUACGGUUCGGCGCCCGCUUUCCCGGCCUCUAAACAGUACCCGAAGAAUGUUCCGCCGAGGUUUCAAAAGCAGGCGGAGUUGUUGUUACGCCAAACACAGGGCGGUGGCGGCCCUCAGACCGGUCCUUCACAGCCGCCGCCUUUUGAGCAGCGAUUUGUUCAUUCGUCGGCGCGGUUGACGUCAGAGAGCGAUCCGCGCGAAACCCGUAAUCUCGCGAAUUCUAAUCAGACUAUUAGUAAAGCGCCGCCAAUGGCUGACAAACCGCGAUCAGACAGUCACGUAAGUUCUGGUCCGGGAAGUGUUGACGAACGCGAACCCGACAGAAAGACUCCCGACUUUGACGCCAAAGAGCGCCGACCGCAUCGGACAUCCGGUUCUGACAGCAAUAAUUGGAGAGCAGCUCAGAAUCAACGGUCGCCUCAACCAAAAGAAAGUACUCAUACUGUGAGCACUCGGCCGCUCGACGACAAAGAUAUUGAUAAAAACCAGAAUUUGCAACGAGAAGUACCUAAGCGUACGAAUGAAGACACAUAUCCUCUCCAAAAGGGUAACGAAUUUAGAGAUAAUAAACCGAAAGAAGAUUUGAGAGACAGUAAAGAGAAGUUUAUUGAGAAACCAAUUCUGGCUGAACGACAGCUAAGCUCUCAAAGUUCUCGGAGUUCUUCAUCCAAAGAGGAAGCGAGAGUUGGGAGACGACAACCGAUGGAACGGUUGGAUUGGGCCGCAGAAUGUGAUAAUAUGCCGACAAGUAUUGGCCACCGGCGCGAACCCAACCGUCACCGACCGCUUCCCAUCACUCAAAAGCAAUUUGAAAGUAUUACAGAACCCAUGAAAAGGAAUUUGACGCCACUUAAGAAAACUAGCGUUUCGUCCGUUUCUUCCCAUUCGGAGGACUCGAAAGAGAGUUCUGUCGACAAAACGAAAGACUUUAUAAGAAAGAGCGAAACGCCUCCUCUCAACACAACUGGCGCUCCAAAUGCCGAGAAUGUAAACCAAAUGACAAAAACCAAUUCCGCAGACAUUUCUAAAGCGCAAGCAAUCAAAGAAGAGUCUCGUGUCGAGUCAUUAGGCAUUAAGAAAGAGAGGGAAAGUGACAGAUAUUACGACAAUAGAGAGAAAGAUCCACUGAAAAGGGAUUCUGUAAAAGACGACAGACAUUAUCGUAAAGACAGAAGUAAUUCGGGUCGAUAUGAGACGUCUUCGUAUGCGGGCCGCGGGGCUGUAGUGGGCGGUGGGGGUCGGUAUGCCGUCUCAUCUGCAGUCCCAUCGGGUCCUGCAUUCAGAGGUCGCGGCCGUGAAUACCGGUCUUCUCAGCGUUCGGAACAACUUUCGUAUAAUGACUCAAAAGUGAUGACGAGUUACGGCAACUCACGAAACAAACCGAUCAAAUCUAGAAAGAAAUCAAAUUCUGACGAAAGUUGCGUUUCUGAAGAUAUCAACAAAAAGGAAUCGAUUAAAUCAGACAAUGAAAAGUCGAUUCCAACCACUAUUUCGGACAUUAAAGCCGACAAUGAGAAGGAUAGGAGUGUGUCCUCCGAUACUAUUAUGUCGGGCUCUGCUUCCGUAUCCAAUCAACAGCAGAGGAAUGAUAUCUCGCGCAGAGGUAGAGGUUUGGUACCAUUUAAAAGCAGUAGUACUCGAGGCAUGCCUCGCGCCUACGGACCGAGUAAUUACGGUCCGCCGCCAUCGAGAGCUGCUUUCGGUGACGGAUCGGCCCCUAAGACUGAGUCGAACAAGAAUUACGAUCAAAACAGAAAUGAAAGACACGAAACGCGAAAUUCAAAUCAAACCCGAAACGCAUACAAAUCGGCAAACGAUGAGCUUAACUAUAGCUCGCAAUCAGAUUUAAAUCAAUACCACGACAACAGUCGCAACAAUAUGUCUAACGCCCGCAAGUCUGGCCCCACGAGUAGUCGAGGCGCCAGUAAUGCAAACAAUUUGAGUAAUAAUAAUCGCGGGGAAACAUUGCCCCCACGAUUUCAAAAGACGAGGCAAACUAAGCCAUCGGAACCGCGACGCGGCGGUCGUAUUAGACCAGAACGCAGCGGUUCUGGCAAUCAUUUUGAGUCCGAUAUGGCCAACAAUGAGGAGUGGGAGACGGCCUCUGAGAGCAGUGAUGUCGGCGAUCGUAAGGCUAACAAACGGAACUCAAGCGCCACGUCUUCCUCACAGCCCAAAACCGAUAACAGGAGUCAUAACAGAAAGUCCGACGUUAGGAGAGGAGGAGACUAUCCUCGCAGACAACACACGAACGAUACGGGCUUUCGAGAGGGCGGCGGCAGAGGUGGUCGUAAUCGGAGUUCAGGCUCUAAUGUUUUAACCACUCGAUCGCCAAACACUAACCAACAGCGGAACGGAACCAUUAGUGGUUCUAAUAAUAUUAACGACAAUAACAUUACCGUUUGUUCGUUAAGUGAGGUCACACUCGAUAACCCAAAUGCAGUCGAAGAAGCGUUGAGUGAUAUUAAGAAUCGAAGCAAAUCUAAUGACUUUGUGGACGACGACAACACUAGCGAAACCGAAGACGGCUUUCAAACGGUUUCCUAUAAGAAAAGAAAUCGUUUAAAUCAAGGAAACGACUCCAAAAAAUUCAAACAAGAGUUGAGCCCGAAAUCUAAGGCGACGACUGCCCGCACCCGUCAAAGCAAACUCGCACCUCGUUUUGCUAAACAGAAAGAAAACAGCACUCGUCUCAACACAAUUACCGACGAAGCGUUCACUUCGCCCGCAAAAAUAGCUGACGAUUUGAAAGCGCUUUCUAUUGACCCGAAAAUUAUUGACACGACUCUAAAAGGACCUAAAGAUAAAGCGGAAGAAACGACUCAAUUAAAGCCAGUGGUUAACGCCUGGAGCCGACCAUUGAGUCAUUGUUCGCAAACCACGACAAGCAAUUCGACGGUCACCACAACGACAAGAACUACAACACAGACAUCAAGUUCUAAGAUACAAGAUAUACACACAUUGAGUGUGUCGUCCAAAUCCAGUAGUUUUGAUCAACACGAUAGCGGUAUCGAUGUGUCAGAUCAGCCGCCAUCCACCGCCUCCUCUCAGCGCUCUUCACCUUCUAAUGAUGACAACAAAUUGACCACAACUACAGCCAAAGUGACGAAUCCGACCGAAACUCGUGCAGAUAUUGUUACUGACAUCGACUCCGCUAAACCCAUGUGUACUGUUAUAUUUGAAAACACGAGAUUCAAAGAGGAGAACAAAGUAUUGGCCAAAAUAGCGCCCGCAAAGUCUCCCACAGCAAAGGAAAUGUUUGUGACGACUGCCGUCACCAACAAUGUUGUUACAGAAGCCGGGCGUCCGAACCCUCCAAUUAAUGUCCCCAAAAAGACCGAUACCGUACUGAUGGAGGAGUUUGCAAACAAUGAUAAGAUACAGACACCAAACGUGGCUAAAGUGGUUGGAAUGCAAAGAACUAAUGUUUUGCCCACAGAAUCGGAUCUGAAUGUGAAAAUAGCGUCCACGAGAAAGGUGUGGGAAAAUCCAUCGAUGCCCUCCUCUAUAGACACUGCGAACGAAAAUGUGAAAAAUGUUUUACUCAAGUCUUUAGAAGUAAAUAAGAUUAUAAGUACCGAAAGUCAUGGCAAUGACGGCAACUCUGCGGUCAAAGCGGUGACGGAAGCGUCGGUCGCCAAUAAAGUCCACUAUUCGACUGUGGAUUCAAUUAACUCUUUAAAUAAGAGCAAAACACCUGUAUUGACGUAUACGACGCCUCCUCCCGCUCCCAACCAAAUGAACACUCAGUCUUACGUCGGUUCACAUCAAUCGCAAGCAUCGCUCAUAUCAUCGCAACAAAUACUGUUGAAUACAAUAAGUUCUCCGCCGUUAGUGGAAAACAUGCGUCCCGUCUCUGGCGUUCAGCAAUCAUAUCAAGUUCACAAUAUGGCUACAAAUCCGGCCAUUUCUACGCCACCGACAAUGCUUUACAACACACACGUCGGCGCUCACCAUAACGUGUACCAAACAUUUGGGCCUCAAAUGGAUAGUUUACAUCAAACACAAAUGCCAGCAGUUAUGGCACAAUUCGGACCCCAACACACAUCUGGACAUUACAAUCAACACCUUCUGCAACACCAACAGAAUCAGUUAAAUCAGGCCAACAUUUUCAUGACACACCAGUUGACACAACCGUCGGCCACUGCGGCGGCCGAACAGUUCAAACAACUCAAUGCUGUCGCACAACACCAACAAACUAUGGCUAAGACUUUACCAAUGAAUCAGUUCGUCCAACAGAACAACACCAAUAUUCACCAGACGUUGGCCAACUCGGGCUCGUGGACGGCGGCCACGCCUCACAACCAGUCCAACAACCAGUCGGCUAAUUAUUAUCAACAGUCAAACUCAAUGAACAAUGUAUUGCAGGCACAUCAGCAACACUUCGCUGCAUUUCCUUCUCAAGCAUCGCUCGGAUUAAUGCCGGCGCAGUCCUCUCAGGCCACGGCCGCCGCACUGGCCGUACAGCAGUCUUAUAGGGCCGCUCCUCUUCCCAUUGGGCGCAACCAACCGGUCGACGCGACCAACUCUAUGGCCGCUAAUCUGCGAUCAAUGUUUGCCGGAAAUAUUAUAAACGAUAUGAAGAUUGGGAAUCAAGUGAAUCAGACAAUGGACGCCAGAAACGUGAACAACAGGGGCUCCUUUGCCUACAAUCAAAACACACAGUCUUUGCAACAAUUACAACAACAACAACAGCAACACAUGUUUGCUGCGAACCAGAAGUUCACGGGUCGGGCCAUUUUGCCCAUUUAUGCCCAACAGAUGCUCUCUCAGGCCAACAUCUCUGGCCGACCCAACUCGGCGUCAAUGCUCGCGUCGAACGUGAACUCAGCCAACAGUUACACGACUCCCAUUCAACGGCCGAAAGUGAACCGCAAUAACCAGUCAUAUGUUAAGAACUCGCAUCCGACUCACUAUCAGAACCAAUACCAGACUCAACCACCACCGCAGCCCCAACUCACACAUCAACCACUACUACAACAACAACACCAUCAGACACAUCAACCGCCGCCACCGCAGCCUCUCAUCUCGGGAGUGCCGCCACAACAGUCUGCGCUGUCGAUUGCACAGCAGGCGAAGAUGAGACAGGACGCCGUCCGACAGACGCAGUCCUUCUUCGCUCAGUCAUCGGUGCCGACGACCGCCGCCGCCAAAGACGAGCCCCAUUUGGAUUCAAAGAGUUGUGGCGAAGUUGCGGCCAAUGAGAGCCUCAACAACACCGCAAUCGCCGACAAUAACACUAUUCCCGCAAUGAAUGACAGCAACAAAAUGAAUAUAAUUGAGAAAAACGACUAA